AUCUUGUCAGGUGUUUCCAGUGUAGUAUUGGUCUAAAGGACUUUUCAGAUGGAGAUGAUCCUUUAAAGGAGCACGUGAGACAUUCUGGUAACUGUCUCUUUCUAUGUCAGAUAUUGGGAGAAGCAAGGCUCACAGAGUGGAAGAGACUGCUUCAGGCUCAAGACCCUGAAUAUAACCGGCAGAUGCAAUGGAAUGAACGACACAAUAUUAGUGCAGUGGCAUAUAACUAUCGGCAUCCCGAAUAUCAGACGUUAGAAGCCCGUUUGGCAACAUUUACCAAUUGGCCAGCACAGAUGAUGCAACGGCCGGAACAAUUAGCUGAUGCUGGGCUAUAUUACACUGGGUUUGAGGACCAAGUGCGUUGCUUUGCCUGUGAUGGCGGACUACGUCGCUGGGACCCGGAUGACGAUCCAUGGACAGAGCACUGUCACUGGUUCCCAGCUUGUCCAUUUGCUAAAGAAAAGAAAGGAGACGAAUAUAUCGCUUUGGUCCAGGCAGCCGUCGCCUUCGAAAAUGAGAAUGAAUCAGCUCAAUCACGUGGUCCGGAUCUGUCAGGGGCGAUGGAACUGAUGACUCUUAGAGAUCCAGAGUUUACAGCCGCAUUAAAUGAACAUAAAGACGCUUGUCUAGAGAUGGGUUAUCAGCUAACAGACUUUAACGAGGCAGUGCAGGAACUUAGAAACAGAGGCACUUUCAAACCAACUAUUGAAGAAAUAAUAGAUGUAAUCGAAGUUAUCAAAGCCAGAAAACUGCAAGACAGUACAAUACAAGCCAGACAAAAUGAAACACCAGUGGAAGAAAAUCAGCGUCUGAAAAGUUACAUCAUAUGUAUGUCAUGUGGUCUGAAUAACGUGAACGCUUUAUUUCUACCUUGCACGCAUCAUCGCAUGUGUUUGGAGUGUGCGCAACAUGUGACCCAUUGUCCAGUUUGUGAAAAAUAUAUACGACAAAAAAUCAGGACCUACUUGUCUUAGCUCUGAAAAUACGGACUUAACAGAUAUAAGGAGUAAACAUGCUAGUUUAUUUAUUUAUUUAUUUGGGUUUUACGGCGCACCAACACAGUAUAGGUUAUAUGGCGCCAAACAGGACUAUAAAUUUUGGUUCCACAUCUCAUUCACAUCGAAAUAAAAACAUGAGGUAAGGAAUCAAAACUUGCACAUCUGCUGGAAUCACAGAGUUACUGCAAAACCAAGUGUUAAGACCCUAUUAGUCGCCUCUUACGAUCAUGCAAGGGUAAGGCAGUGGUUCCAAUUCUUUUUCCCAGAACCAAAUGGGGCGUAAACAUGUUAGAGUAGUAUAAGGUACACUGGACUCCACACCGUCACAAGUCUUUUCGAACAUUUCAACGUGUAAAAAGCACGAUAAAAUAAGUGGAAAAAUCACAGGUUGCCUAACACGACAUAAAUGAAAAUGCUGCAGGCUCGGUUUGAUUGAGCCUGUUCAUGGACGGUAGUGGAAAUCCAAGUUACCGUCUGCGCCUUCUAGCCCCCGGCUCAGCAGAACUCACUUACACAAUGUUAUAAGUACCAGCAUAUAAUUUAGUCAUCCGCAGAUGCAUUCAUACGGUGGUGCAUAUGGAAACUUCAAUGAUACACAGAGUGUAAUUCCAUGAAAAGCGGCAUUUGGUCCCCAGUUAAAAUAAUGACUCUACCCUAAACGAGAAAACAAUGAUCAGAACUAAAUAAACUGGAAUUUAGAUCGGGGGUCUGAGGUUAUGGAGCCUGUAUAUCAUAGAAAUUGCAAAGAGACAAAAUUAAAAAUGCUAAACUCAACACAAAUGGCGUGCUGAACGAUCUGAAGAGAUCGAAAUAUAACAACUCUGACUGAAGGUACGGGGAGUCUGUUAACAACAAAAAAAACCUUAAAGCAUCUUGGACUUAAUUUUCGCAGAACAACAGUUACCCCGGUUAAGUUUGAUCAUGGUGCCUGUGGUUGUAAGGCUGCGAAAUUCAAGUUGUAGUAUGAUUUAAUCAGCAGCCAAACAACUCCUUGGGUCACUCCAGGGCUCUUAUGAUGUAAUACAAAUGCAGCUAACGACAGAUACAUAUAAAUGAAUGAGCAUUGUUGCGAAACAAGGCGACGUGGCCAAGCAUAAUUACAUAUUGGUAAUACUGUCAUGUGCUCAGACUUGAUGGCGGUCAAGAUUUUCUUUCUCUGGAUAAAUUGGAUAAAUAUAAAGUAAUACAAAAUCAAAACAGUUGAUAAUAGA